AUGACGUCGUGUUCCAAAGCAGGUACGUACCAUCCCGGUCAUCGGCAUCGUCAGCGCCGCAAGCACCUCAACAGCCCCACCAUCAACCUGCUUCACACUCGCAUCUCGACACGCGCCGACUACAGCAAGAGGUGGAAUGACGGAUUUCAACUCUCAAUCAUGAUUAAUGCUUUUUUGGUCUUCAAUGGCCAAGGUCAGCCUCGCCUGACAAAGUUCUAUACCCAGCUCGAAACGAGCAUCCAGCAGCGCCUCAUCUCUGAGAUCUUUACCCUCGUGUCUAAUCGACCGGCCGGAUCCUGCAACUUCCUGCCUCUCCCACCGCUGCUUGCCGCCUCCGGUACUUCGCACACCUCAUCAGAGGAGCAGAACGAUGUCCCCUCGCUGGUGACAUACCGCCACUAUGCGACCCUCUUCUUCAUCAUCAUCUCGACCUCGACCGAGUCGCCGCUCGCCCUCAUCGAUCUGAUCCAGGUCUAUGUCGAGGCCCUUGAUAAACUUUUCGAGAAUGUCUGCGAGUUGGACUUGAUCUUCAACUUCGAGACGCUACAUGCUACGCUUUCGGAAAUGAUUAUAGGAGGCGUCGUAAUAGAAACAAAUCUGGACCGCAUCGUCGCGGGAGUCAAGGCGCAGGGAACAGUCGCAAAGCGACCGGUGAACGAGGGAAGGGGACCCUCAGGCCUGGGGGCUGGGCUCGGCAUGGGUGCUAACUUUGCCUGGACGGGCCGGUGA